AUGAGAGGAGCGGUCAUCGAGUGGCAUGACCUCAAUUUCCUGGUCCCAGACCGGUCCACCGGGCAGCAAAAGCGCAUCCUCACCAACAUGCACGGGCUGGCGCAGCCUGGACGGCUCCUCGUCAUUAUGGGGCCCUCUGGCGCUGGGAAAUCCACCUUGUUGGACGUGUUGGCGUGCAACUCCAGCAGUCGCGGUGCCGUGUGUGAGGGGCGGGUGGCGGUGGAUGGCAGACCGCGCAAUGUACGGACAUUCAGGGAAAGCAGCUGCUACGUACAACAGAAAGACGUACUCAUGUCCAGUGCUACGGACCUGGUGUCCUGCGGCGACACGCUCAUUGGCGACGAGACCAUCGGACUGAAGGGAAUCAGCGGGGGGCAGAAGAGGAGGGCCAGUGUGGGCGUGGAGCUGGUCAAGGUUUGCACCAUCCAUCAGCCCAAUUCGGACAUCACGGAAUGCUUCGACGACUUUCUGCUGCUGUUUGGCGGCCGUACAGUGUACGGCGGGCUGUGGUCCGGUGCCGUGGACUUUUUCGCGCAAAACGGCUUCAGCUGCCCAGCAUUUAAGAACCCCACGGACUUCUUCUUGUCGGUCAUCACUCGCAAGGAGGGUGCGGCGGAGACACUGGCGGAGGUGUACGGCAAGGCACGACCGGCAUUGCUGGCGGCGCAGCGGGCAGCGGCAACUGCAUUGGAGGCGACGGAGCCGGGUGGUGGUGGCGGCGGCGGUGGCGGCGGCGGUGGUGGCGGCGGUGGCGGCGGCGGUGGCGGCCAGGAAGAAGAUCCGCAACAACAACAGCAGCAGCAGCAGCAGUUGGCUCAUGUGGUAGUGGUGGCGGGGGGAGAGGUGGAGGCGGCGGCUGAGGAGGAAGGAGGGGGGUCAGUGAUGUCCGGCGGCGGUGGCGGCGGCGGUGGCGGCGGCGGUGGCGGCGGCGGUGGCGGCGGCGGUGGCGGCGGCGGUGGUGGCGGCGGCGGGGUGGGUGAGGUGCCUCAUGCCGCUGCCGCUGCUGCGCCGUUGUGGUUCCAGGUCUACGUGCUGUCGACCCGGUACUGGCGGACGUGGAUUCGGAACCCCGUCAUGAUGACGAGCGAGCUGGUGCAGUACGCUUUCACAGCUGUUUUCAUUGGAUUGAUGUACUGCAGGUUCGAUAACGUGUUGGGUCGGGGCGACUACAACCGCGCAGCCUGCAUCUGGUUCUCGUUCGCCAUUCUCUGCUUCACGCCGUCGUACACCGCAGUGACGAACUGGGCUUCGGAGCGUUUGCUAUUGAAACGGGAGUUGGGUCAACGGUUGUACGGCAUGACGGCGUACUACCUUUCCCGUAAUUCCGUACUAUUACCGUUUCAAAUGGCGCAAUGUGCGCUAUUCCUGUCCGUGAUGUACUUCUUCGCGGGUUUCCAGUCCUCCGCCUCCGGCUUCUUCACCUUCUUCGCGGUGUUGUCCAUGUUUCAAAUCGUGUCUGAGGGCAUCGGGGCCUGCUGCGCCGUGGCCACCCGCACGCCCACCUCCUCUGUCAUCCUGUUGACCUUCGUGCUGCUGGUGCCGGUGUACUUCCGUUGGGUCCCAAAAACGUCGUACUUGACGUACGCUUUUUCUGCGCUUGUUGAGCGGGAGUUCUCCCACAUCAACUUCUACGACGAGAGCACGGGAAUGGUGAUACCGGGCAUGGAGGCCUUCCCGUCCACCCUCCGUACGGGUCUGUCGUACAGCCAAAACAUUGGCGUCCUGGCUGCCCAGGUGGGCGGCAUGGAGGUGAUCAAGUUGACCACAUUUCAUCUGGCACACCGAUUUAAUUUACUGUAA